UUUGCCGCUGAUCCGGAGACCUCACUGCCCAAUCCGACACAAGCCGCACCCGGGGCUAGGUCGCUUUCCACCGGCUCAGUAGGGAUGACUGGCAAGCCUGGAGACAAGGAUAACAAUGAUAGCAAUGAACCCCCGGAGGACGAACCCCAUUCCAACCUGUAA